GGCCCGGGCAGCGCCAUGCAGAGAGCGGCGGGCGGCGGCGCCCCCGGGGGCAGCGGCGGGGGCAGCGGCGGCCCGGGCACCGCCUUCUCCAUCGACUCGCUCAUCGGGCCGCCGCCGCCACGCUCGGGCCACCUGCUCUACACCGGCUACCCCAUGUUCAUGCCCUAUCGGCCACUCGUGCUGCCACAGGCACUGGCCCCCGCGCCGCUGCCCGCCGGCCUCCCGCCACUGGCCCCGCUCGCCUCAUUUGCCGGCCGCCUGAGCAACACCUUCUGCGCCGGGCUGGGCCAGGCGGUGCCCUCGAUGGUGGCUCUGACCACUGCACUGCCCAGCUUUGCAGAGCCUCCCGAUGCCUACUACGGACCCCCGGAGCUUGCCGCUGCAGCCGCCGCCGCCUCCACCGCCUCGCGAAGCAACCCCGAGCCCGCGGCUCGGCGCACGGAGGGAGCGCUGGACGCCGACGAGCUGCUGCCGGCGCGCGAGAAAGUGGCUGAACCCCCGCCGCCCCCGCCGCCGCACUUCUCAGAGACUUUCUCGAGUCUGCCGGCAGAGGGGAAGGUGUACAGCUCAGAUGAGGAGAAGUUGGAGGCCCCAGCAGGAGACCCAGCAGGCAGCGAGCAGGAGGAAGAGGGCUCAGGCGGUGACAGCGAGGACAGCUUCCUGGACAGUUCUGCAGGGGGCCCAGGGGCUCUUCUGGGACCUAAACCGAAGCUAAAGGGAAACCUGGGGACUGGCGCUGAGGAGGGGGCACCAGUGGCCACAGGGGUCACCACCCCUGGGGGGAAAAGCCGAAGGCGGCGCACAGCCUUCACCAGCGAGCAGCUUUUGGAGCUGGAGAAGGAGUUUCACUGCAAGAAAUACUUGAGCCUGACAGAGCGCUCCCAGAUCGCCCACGCCCUCAAGCUCAGUGAGGUGCAGGUUAAGAUCUGGUUUCAGAACCGCCGGGCCAAGUGGAAGCGCAUCAAGGCUGGCAAUGUGAGCAGUCGUUCUGGGGAGCCCGUGAGAAACCCCAAGAUUGUGGUGCCCAUACCUGUGCAUGUCAACAGGUUUGCAGUGCGCAGCCAGCACCAACAGAUGGAGCAGGGAGCCCGGCCCUGA